AAGUUGUGUAAUUCCCAGUCACAGCUCGGAGCUGUGGAGCAGCCAGGAGUGGGCACUGUUGCACCAUUUGUCACUAAGCUCCCUCUGGCUACUCUCUGGCUCCUGGGAGACUAUGUAAAUAGAGGGAAGAUUGUGUAAGCUAUGUGGGUCAGUGUACAAGGUUUAGGCACAUGGAGGAGGGUGCUUUAAAGAUGAUUGAUCCUUAUAUUAUCACACAUCCCCAUGACUCAGUGCAUCAGCGCAUCAGUACACACACACACAAGGAUCAUGCAAAAUGAGUCAAAUUGAAAUUAUAAUGGUAUCAGCCAAACAAAUGCAAACAUUUACUGUAACACCUUGUAGCUCUAAUUCAUAACAUAUCCCUAAACCCCACACUUGGCUCAAACAAACAUUCCCAGGCUCCAGCCUCACACAAAUGCAUGACCAAGCACAGGUACGGGAAUGUUGAUGAUGUGUUCUGAGUGGAAACCUGCUGAAUCUAACAGGUUAUAAAAGGGUUCUUUAAUGAGCCCUGCAAAUUUAAACCUCUUCCUUUAUGCUCUCAUCGUCCUGUUGCCAAGCUGAGCUCUACAGCCAGGCCAGUGGCCAGAUGUCUCCAGUUAGGAGUAUACUUUAUUUUUUCCUGUGACGCAAGAUCAUUACAUAAGCUCAUUCAGAAAUAAAACGAUAUAAAAGGAGGAAAUGGAAAAACUAGAUUCCUGGCUACAUCCCACCUAAAACACACAGAGAAUAACAAGUUCUGGGCCCUAAUGUUGAAUGUCUGCUAGGGUGAUAUUUACUGUAUGCACACACUCAUACCUUGGCACUGUGUCAGCAGUCUUCAGGGGCUGAUUUGUGGUUUCAAAUAAGACGAAAGGUGAAAGUUCAUUUGUGCAGGACAUUACAGCUGGAGCAUCCUAGCAACAAGACCUCAAUUGGUCUAUUUUUAUAUUAAUUCUCACCUAUUUGUGCUUUUCUCAUGCAAAGACAGAUUUUUGAUUUUAAAUGUGGGGCGGCAGGUAGCUUAGUGGUUAAGAGCGUUAUGCCAGUAACCGAAAGGUCGCUGGUUCUAAUCCCCUAGCCGACUAGGUGAAAAAUCUGUUGAUGUGCCCUUGAGCAAGGCACUUAACCCUAAUUGCUCUGGAUAAGAGCGUCUGCUAAAUGACAACAAAAAAAAUAAUAAUUUAAUGUGGGUACGAAAUUGACACACCAGUUUUAAGGAUAUAAAUGAGAUCAUAUAUAAACAAACUUGAAUAAUGCCCUUGGCAUAGGUCCUUAUGGCUUGAUGUUCAGUUUUGCAAAGAAUAGAAAAGGACUCAGCCAAGUUUAGUGUCUACGCUCAAGUCCACAGACAUGAUUUGUCAUCCACUUCCAGACGAGCUCAGGGUUGAUUUGUAAUGGUGUCUUGCCCUUGUGAGAGAUGCUGUUGUGUUAAGGCAGGCAGACACUUCUCCUCUCUCCCCCUCUAUGGGCAGACCUCCAGCAGGCCCAGACCAGGGCAGAGCAAGACGUGCCUGGGCCUGCAUCCUCUCCUACCUCCUCCUUUUCCAUCCCCUUCUCUCCCCCCUCCUCUCAUCUUCCAUCUUUCAUCCUCCGUCCUUCUCCUCCUCUCCUCCCAAGUGUAUGUGACCAGUCAAGGUCAUUCACAGACUGAGACACAGUCAGAGCCAGACGUGUGACUAUCACUUCCCACAGAACACAGGGAUCUCUUGAGGCAUGCAAGAGACACUCUCUCUCCCACAGUGAUAAACUAUUGCUGGGAAUGACAACAGCUGCUCCCUCUGAGAAAUGUUAUAUUGUAUUACUCUCAAAAUCAUGCUGUUGAUUUGUAUCACUUUAAUUGUUCAUGCCUUGUUAUACAGCGGCUGGCCACAGCAGUGGGUUUCGAGUGCCUUUAAGCUCGAUUUCUAGGCUCCUCUCUGUGGAUGUAAGAUUGAAACAUAUUUUAGGACAAUGAAAAACGAUAGUCAUCUAUAUUUUCUGCUGAUUCUCAGAGUCAUAAUGUAUCCUCCUGCAGUAUUAAUCAAGAAGGUUCCGAGAAAUUUUACAUAGUGUCCACUGGGUGGCAGUAGUUCUGAGGUAAGAAAUACUGAGAUGUUUAUGUUCUCAGUAGCAACUGCUUUAAACAAAGGACUGGACAUUUUGGGUAUGUCAAAACGUGGAUCUAUUAUCCUUGCAGUGCGAUAAAUAGAUGCAGUCCAGAUACAAAACUUUUGAAAUGAUCCAAAAUGUGUGAAAAAUGUAAUCUUCAGUGCUUUCAGUAAAGUUUUCAUUGUUUCAUCAUUCUUCUGUUUUAUCUUCCAAGUCAUUUAAACCAUUCUGGGUUAUAGCCUAGUCCCUUAUGAGUGCAUGGGCCAAUUGUUUUCACUGUCUCUGAAGUUUGGCAUCGAGAUCAAAGUGUCUUUGGAGUCAUUAUAGUCUAUCCCAAAUCACAACUCCACAGAUUUAAUUAUGUUGGGGUUUCUUAAUCUGCUAAUGGAAGACUCAACAUCCUAACUUGAUAUUCACUCUCAAUCUUUAGAUCCACAUGCCCUCAGUUUAGCUCAAUAUUGUGUUACCAGCUACUGCUUUUUUGAUGUAGCCUACAAUACUACUGCAUAAGAUUACAUGAUUGGAGGUCAAUGUCCUAUUUCCAUAGUUUACAUGACAUAACUUCAGUAAUUGCUCUUGAACCUCAAGGGUGAUUACAUUCUGACCUUUAGACACAUUAAUAGAUCUCUCUACAAACAGCUGAAUUACAGCUGCUAUUAGAAACAUGCAGGCAUCAACAUUUGUAUGGAUGUAAACACUGAAAAUGUUAAAAAUAGUGGCCUCUAAACUCUAGCCAAGAUGGCAUCUCUGUGCAUCAAUGACAAAUCAAAGUAGUCAUGAACUUCCCAUUAAUCAGUGGCCAGGCAAUUUAUUUGAUAGCAGUUUUAUGUUGAUAUAAUCUGUUAUGGAUUGAAACAAAAUGGUCCCUGUUUAUAAACUCAUGAAACUGGAUUGGAUUGUAGGUUAUUACAAGAUGGCCGCCAGUAAAAUUGUUGUAAAACUCAAUCAAAGAUUGUAUAGUAUGGCUUAAACAAAUGUGAUGACAUGUCUGUAAACAAUCCAAUGAGGUGCAGAAGUUACUGUGAUGUAUCAAUCGCAGAGUGACAUGAGCACGUAGUGUGAGCAAAGGGGAAGAUACAGUGGCUUGCAAAAUAUUCACCCCCCUUGGCAUUUUUCCUAUUUCGUUGCAUUACAACCUGGAAUUAAAAUGGAUUUUUGGGGGGUUUGUAUCAUUUGAAUUACACAACAUGCCUACCACUUUGAAGAUGCAAAAUAUGUUUUAUUGUGAAACAAACAAGAAAUAAGACAAAAAAAAAUCAGAAAACUUGAGCGUACAUAACUAUUCACCCCCCCCCCCCCCCCCCAAAGUCAAAACUUUGUAGAGCCACCUUUUGCAGCAAUUACAGCUGCAAGUCUCUUGGGGUAUGUCUCUAUAAGCUUGGCACAUCUAGCCACUGGGAUUUUUGCCCAUUCUUCAAGGCAAAACUGCUCCAGCUCCUUCAAGUUGGAUGGGUUCUGCUGGUGUACAGCAAUAUUUAAGUCAUAACACAGAUUCUCAAUUGGAUUGAGGUCUGGGCUUUGACUAGGCCAUUCCAAGACAUUGAAAUGUCUUGUAACACUCAAGUGUUGCUUUAGCAGUAUGCUUAGGGUCAUUGUCCUGCUGGAAGGUGAACCUCCAUCCCAGUCUCAAAUCUCUGGAAGACUGAAACAGGUUUCCCUCAAGAAUUUCCCUGUAUUUAGCGCCAUCCAUCAUUCCUUCAAUUCUGACAAGUUUCCUAGUCCCUGCCGAUGAAAAACAUCCCACAGCAUGAUGCUGCCACCAUGCUUCACUGUGGGGAUGGUGUUCUCGGGGUGAUGAGAGGUGUUGGGUUUGCGCCAAACAUAGCGUUUUCCUUGAUGGCCAAAAAGCUCAAUUUUAGUCUCAUCUGACCAGAGUACCUUCUUCCAUAUGUUUGGGGAGUCUCCCACAUGCCUUUUGGCAAACACCAAAUGUGUUUGCUUAUUUUUUUCAUUAAGCAAUGUCUUUUUUCUGGCCACUCUUCUGUAAAGUCCAGCUCUGUGGAGUGUACGUCUUAAAGUUGUCCUAUGGACAGAUACUCCAAUCUCCGCUGUGGAGCUUUGCCGCCCCUUCUGGGUUAUUUUACAUUUUAGUCAUUUAGCAGACGCUCUUAUCCAGAGCGACUUACAGUUAAUGAGUGCAUACAUUUUUCAUACUGGCCCCCCGUGGGAAACGAACCCACAACCCUGGCGUUGCAAGCGCCAUGCUCUACCAACGGAGCUACAGGGGACCCUGUAGGGUUACCUUUGGUCUCUUUGUUGCCUCUCUGAUUAAUGCCCUCCUUGCCUGGUCCGUGAGUUUUGUUGUGGUGCCAUAUUCUUUCCAUUUUUGAAUAAUGGAUUUAAUGGUGCUCCGUGGGAUGUUCAAAGUUUAUGAUAUUUUUUUAUAACCCAACCCUGAUCUGUACUUCUCCACAACUUUGUCCCUGACCUGUUUGGAGAGCUCCUUGGUCUUCAUGGUGCCGCUUGCUUGGUGGUGCCCCUUGCUUAGUGGUGUUGCAGACUCUGGGGCCUUUCAGAACAGGUGUAUAUAUACUGAGAUCAUGUGACAGAUCAUGUGACACUUAGAUUGCACACAGGUGGACUAUAUUUAACUAAUUAUGUGACUUCUGAAGGUAAUUGGUUGCACCAGAUCUUAUUUAGGGGCUUCAUAGCAAAGGUGGUGAAUACAUAUGCACGCACCUCUUUUCCGUUAUUUAUUUUUUCGAAUUUUUUGAAACAAGUUAUUUUUUUAAUUUAACUUCACCAAUUUGGACUAUUUUGUGUAUGUCCAUUACAUGAAAUCCAAAUAAAAAUCCAAUUUGGACAAAAAUUCUGGGUGAGGGGGGUAAAGUGAAUGUUUUUAUUAUAGAUAAAUUAUCCGAAAGCCUAAAUCUUCCCCCAAAAAAUGAAAUAUAAAAAACAAAAUGAAGAAAAAAAAGUGUGCAGUAGAGACUUACAUUACAACUGACAGAAGCUGUCUGCAUAGGAGCUUACAUCAUGCAUAUGGUUAGAUCAAUAAUAUUCUGUCCACUCUCCAAGACAAAAGGCCAUUUCACAGCAGGUAGAGACAACGUCUUACAUUUUGCUCAUGGAUUGAAGCAAAAACACAUGUUUUUCUAUGUCGCUCUCACACGCUCUCUCUCUCUGAAAUCUCUUUCAACUAAAUGUUCUAAAGAUGGAGCUUUAUCAAAUCAAGCUGGAAGUGGAACCCAUUUCUUAAGUAACAAAUUGCUGUCAGAACCUUUUCCAAAUGAAGGAUUCUUGGAGUAUCUUGUAAUGUUUAUCCAUCCAUUGAUUUACUGGCUAUUAGGAUCCCAUCCAAGAUCAUAACAUUUUGUGCAGUCGCUGCAUAUUAGAAAACAUCAGUGGAGCAGAAUAAGACUAAGACAAUCACUAAGAUAAUGUUGAUAAUGGAUAAUAGUGGACCAAAGCAAUUAAGAGGUUUCUGUUGGAACGUAUAUGCAUGUCCCUCCAUAGAGCAGCUAGAUCAUUUACUCCUCUCCUGAGGUACAAGGAGAGAAGGAGCCAGGCAAAAGGUUCACUCAGUCAGAGAAAAGUGAGCUAAUUUAGGUAGAGUAAUAAUCUUCAAACUGUUCAGUGAUGGGAUAACUUCUUCCUGCCCUGUCCAGAUCCUCUCUGUACUUCCUGAGUCAUCCGUAUCUUGGUGACUGUUGAUGUGACUAGUGCCCAUAUGGUUCACAGAGAAGCAUCUGCCCUUUCUUCAGUGUGCUAACAUUAUAGCAUCUUGAUAUCAUUGUUGGGAGCAAUUGAUAUCAUAGUUGGCAUUGCAUGACAUUGCAUUGCAUGGCAUUGCAUGUGGUCCUCUGUAGCUCAGCUGGUAGAGCACGGCGCUUGUAACGCCAAGGUAGUGGGUUCGAUCCCCGGGACCACCCAUACACAAAAAAAUGAAUGCACGCAUGACUGUAAGUCGCUUUGGAUAAAAGCGUCUGCUAAAUGGCUUUUUAUUAUUAUUAUUAUGACCAACACAGCCAUGUGGAGGGUGAUUAGACAGCCUGGUCUCAGAGUAAACGUAUUAUAUUUGACAAAAAAUAGCUCCAACAAAUAUUCUCCCCAUAAUUCUCCUCUGUUCUUAUAGCGCAACAAGUAACCUGGUCUCAGAGAAAGAUGUAUAAUACUAUAUGUCCUCCAAGACGGGGAACAGUUAGCUAACAUGCAUAGUAAUUGCUAAUUAGCUAAAAUGCUAAAAGGCAACUUUAGCAAAAUUAGCAACUACUUAGCAUGUUAGCUAACCAUUCCCUGUCAAGCAACCCAAAGGUUAAGCGUUCGAAUCUCAUCACAGACAAUUUUAGCAUUUUAGCUAAUUAGUAACUUUGCAACUACUUAUUAUGUUAGCUAACCCUUCACCUAAUGCAAACCCUAACCUUAACCCUUUAACCUAACUCUUAACCCUAACCUAAUGUACAGGUUGAGAGCUUCAAGUUCCUUGGUGUCCACAUCACCAACAAACUAUCAUGGUCCAAACACACCAAGACAGUCGUGAAGAGGGCACACAAAGCCAAUUCCCCCUCAGGAGACUGAAAAGAUUUGGCAUGGGUCCUCAGAUCCUCAAAAAGUUAUACAGCUGCACCAUGGAAAGCAUCCUGACUGGUUGCAUCACCGACUGGUAUGGCAAUUGCUCGGCCUCCGACCACAAGGCAAUACAGAGGGUAGUGCGAACGGCCCAGUACAUCACUGGGCCAAGCUUCCUGCCAUACAGGACCUCUAUACCAGGCGGUGUCAGAGGAAGGCCCUAAAAAUGGUCAAAGACUCCAGCCACCCUAGUCAUAGACUGUUCUCUCUGCUACCGCACAGCAAGCGGUACCGGAGCGCCAAGUCUAGGUCCAAAAGGCUUCUUAACAGCUUCUACCCCCAAGCCAUAAGACUCCUGAACAGCUAAUCAUGGCUACUCGGACUAUUUGCAUUGUCCCCCCCCCCCCCACCCCACCCCCUAUUUUACGCUGCUGCUACUCUCUGUUUAUUAUCUGUGCAUAGUCACUUUAACUCUACCCACAUGUACAUAUUACCUCAAUUACCUCGACUAACCGGUGCCCCCGCACAUUGACUCUGUACCAGUACCCCCUGUAUAUAGCCUCCCUACUGUUAUUUUGUUUUACUGCUGCUCAUUAGUUAUUUGUUAUUUUUUACUUAUCUAUUUUUUACUUAACACUUAUUUUGAUUAAAACUGCAUCGUUGGUUAAGGGCUUGUAAGUAAGCAUUUGUAUUCGGCGCAUGUGGCAAAUAACAUUUGAUUUGAUUUGAUGUAGCAUAUCAUCCUAAAGCAGUCAAACGUAGCAUAUCAUACAGAAGCAGUCGAAGGUAAUAUAUAAUACUAAACAGGUCACAUGCGAUCAAGACCUAGGAUACUAUUCGUCCUACAAUUCGUAUUAUAUUGUACGACCGCUAUUACACUGGUAGGCCAAUGUAAUGUAACCUAAUCUAAAGUAACAUAUCAUACUAAAUGGAAUUGCACAGAUUUGGGUAAAAUAUAAUAUGUUUUGCUCUGAGACCAGGUUGAAUUAGAUGGUAUUUUUGUUAUAAAUAUUUAUUUAAAAUAUUAUUAUGAAUUAUUAUUUUUUUUGGGGGGGGGGUGGUGGGGGGUAGAUCAGCUUUAAUAUUGCAGAUAGAUUGUAGCUUCCAUAAAUGUAAUUGUCUGCAUAAUUUCCAAUCCCCCAUAUAUGUUUUUGCAAAAAAAUAUAUAUUUUGUUACAUUACAGCCUUGUUCUAAAAUUGAUUGAAUUCAAUCUACACACAAUACCACAUAAUGACAAAGCGAAAACAGGUUUUUAGGAAUUUGUACAUAUUUAUAAAUGUUUUAAAACAGAAUAAACCUAUUUACAUAAGUAUUCAGACCCUUUGCUAUUCAGACCGAGACAGGAUUGUGUCGAGGCACAGAUCUGGGGAAGCAAAAAAUAUCUGCAGUAUUGAAGGUCCCCAAGAACACAGUGGCCUGCAUCAUUCUUAAAUGGAAGAAGUUUGGAACCACCAAGACUCUUCCUAGAGCUGGCCGCCCGGCCAAACUGAGCAAUCGGGGGAAAAGGGCCUUGGUCAGUGAGGUGACCAAGAACCCAAUGGUCACUCUGACAGAGCUCUAGAGUUCAUCUGUGGAGAUAGGAGAAUCUUCCAGAAGGACAACCAUCUCUGCAGCAUUCCACCAAUCAGGCCUUUAUGGUAGAGUGGCCAGACAGAAGCCACUCCUCAGUAAAAGGCACAUGACAGCCCGCUUGGAGUUUGCCAAAAGGCACCUAAAGACUCUCAGACCAUGAGAAACAAGAUUCUCUGGUCUGAUGAAACCAAGAUUGAACUCUUUGGCCUGAAUGCCAAGCGUCACGUCUGGAGGAAACCUGGCACCAUCCCUACGGUGAAGCAUGGUGGUGGCAGCUUCAUCCUGUGGGGAUGUUUUUCAGCGGCAGAGACUGGGAGACUAGUCAGGAUCGAGGGAAAGAUGAACGGAGCAAAGUACAGAGAGAUCCUUGAUGAAAACCUGCUCCAGAGCGCUCAGGACCUCAGACUGGGGUGAAGGUUCACCUUCCAACAGGACAACAACCCUAAGCACACAGCCAAGAUAACGCAGGAUUGGCUUCGGGACACGUCUCUGAAUGUCCUUGAGUGGCCCAGCCAGUGCCCAGACUUGAACCCGAUCGAACAUCUCUGGAGAGACCUGAAAAUAGCUGUGCAGCGACGCUCCCCAUCCAGCCUGACAAAGCUUGAGAGGAUCUGCAGAGAAGAAUGGGAGAAACUCCCCAAAUACAGGUUUGUCAAGCUUGUACCCAAGAAGACUCGAGGCUGUAAUCGCUGCCAAAGUUGCUUCAACAAAGUACUGAGUAAAGGGUCUGAAUACUUAUGUAAAUGUUUCUAAAAACCUGAUUUUGCUUUGUCAUUAUGGGGUAUUUGUGUGUAGAUUGAUGAGAAAAACAACAACAAUUGAAUCAAUUUUAGAAUAAUGCUGUAACGUAACAAAAUGUGGAAAAAGUCAAGGGGUCUGAAUACUUUCCGAAUGCACUACCAGUCAAAAGUGUUAGAACACCUACUCAUUCAAUGGUUUUUCUACAUUGUAGAACAAUAGUGAAGACAUCAAAACUAUGAAAAUAACACAUAUGGAAACAUGUAGUCACAAAAAAAGUGUUAAACAAAUCAAAACAUUUUAUAUUUGAGAUUCUUCAAAUAGCCACCCUUUGCCUUGAUGACAGCCUUGCACACAUAUAUCUAUACUAAUAUUUUGUUUGUUUUUACUCCUGUCCUUCCACUACCCUCAACCCCUCCCAUCUAUUUCUGAAGAACAUCCAGUUUGAUUUCUAUUUGCCAUAUAUUUUUUACUGUGCUGUUUCAAAAAAGUUCUGAACCUAUAUACAUUAUACGGACACAGUAUAUUUUACAUUAGUGAUCUUGUUGUUAUUAGUCCCACCCUUCAGCUCCACUCAACCCCUCCCAUCUAUCUCUUAACACCAUCCAUAUUGGAUUUCUAUUUGCCAUAUAUUUUUCAACUGUGCUGUGAUGUUUCACAAAAGUUCUGAACCUUUCUAUUCUCAUAGUUUCUACAGAUUAUAAAUUAAAGAUAAAUAUUUUUGCUAAAAGUAUUAUUAUAUUAUUGAUCGAUUGACUAUGACUUUUAAUAUCAACCAGUAGUGCUAUCAGCAGAGUUAGCUCCAGGUAAAUGUUGCAAUUCUUCAGCCAUUCCUGGACCUGCAACCAAAAACAAGCUACAAAUGGACAGUACCAAAACAAAUUAUCUAAUGAUUCUGUCUCUUUACAGCAAAAUCUGCAGAGCUGGGAUGGUUGUAUCCCCAUAUAUAUAACAUUAUAUUGGUUGCAAGGAUUUUGUAUAAUAAUUUAAAUUGAAAAGUUUUGAAUCCGGCGUUGUUUUGCGUAACAGUUCAUAAACCAUGUGCCAUGGAAUCGGUACAUCGAAAAUCUCUUCCCAACUAUUUUGCAAUCUAUAUGCCACAGCUGUCAUUUUUUGGGUCCUUAAAUUAAACUGGUAUACUUUUUUAUUCAUCACAAUUUUCUUAAACCAAUUUUGUUGAUAAUGCAGGGCCGACAGACAAGUUCCUUACUUUUUCCCCCUUCCACUUGCCUCUUCCAUUUUUGCAGUAAUGCUGCAAUUAUUGGUUGUAAUUUUGGGUAGACCAUAUAUUUUUGUUAGCUGCAUGUGUGGCAUAACUCCACCAGUCCUAUUUAUGAUCUCAUUUACAAAGAUUAUACAUUUUUAAAUUGUUUUUCAAUAAAUUAACAGAUUUUUUAAAUCAAUUAGUAUAAUUGACUUGAACCACAUUUGUUGUAUUAUUUGUUCUGUCUUUUCUGGUGGAUUAAACUGAAAUUGCAACCAACUUUCUAUGGUUUGUUUUUAAAAUAGCGAUAUUUUGGAGAUUAUUUCAUUUUCAAAUAACCGAAAGUGAGAGGUUAUAAUCUGAAUAAAUGGGAAAAGGCCAUUCUUGAACAUGGGGUGAGACAUUCUUACUAAUCUGCUAGAGAACCAGUUCGGAUUUAAGUAUAACUUUAGUAUGAUUGACGCCUUUAGUGAGAGGUCUAAUGCUUUAAUAUUUAAUCAUUUCUGCCCUCCAAAUUCAUAUUCAUUAUAUAAAUAGGCCCGUUUAAUUUUGCCUGGCUUGCCGUUCCAAAUAGAAAGGUAUGGGAUGGACCACAGGAAUUAUUUGCUAGGAUAAUAAUUGCUUGUCAAUGAAUUAAAUGUAAUACAAUGGCAAUCCGGGUUAUAUGUUAGAAUCCUACGCGUGAACUGCCGACAUUAUUACGCAUAUUAAUUGAUAAUGAUGGAAAAUAGGACAUGCAUAAUUUAAAAAAAAAUACUUAUAUAGAUAUAUAUAGAGGUGAAAGCAUUGGAAAUGCAUUUGGCUGUUAAUCUGCUUCUGUUUUGUGGGUGGCACUGUGUGCUGUUUUCGAUGGAUGGGUCCUGGCCUCUCGGGGCCUUAGGGAUCCGAAGGGACGUGGGUGGGAUGCUGAUCACUGGGAUGACGGCUCAACUUGGGAUGGGUAGGGGCUUUAGCGGGGGAAUUAGUGGAGAAAAAUUGAAGGGUUACUCCGUAGCAAUGCAAAUAUCACGGUACAGCUAUAUGGACACUCAAUCAUUACGGUAUUUUUUAUUGGUAAAUUUACAAACAUAUAUAAUGAUAAAUAGACUUGAAACUUGUAUCUCAUUAUGGUGUAUGGUGAAAUAAGUAUAGCAAGUUAUAAUUGUAAUGGCUUAGCUGAUAAUAACAAAAGAAGAACAAUAUUUACAUGGCUCAAAGAGAAGGAAUAUAAUAUCUAUUGUAUACAGGAAACUCAUUCAACAAUUCGAGAUGAAGUAGUGUGGAGAAAAGAAUGGGGGGGGGGGGACAGGGGACAGAAUGCGGUCGGACCAUCAUAUAAUAGGCAUAUACAUUACUCUUACUGAAUUUCCACGUGGGCGAGGAUAUUGGAAAUUUAAUCAAAGCCUAUUGGAUGAUAAUUUAUUUAUAAUUAGAACAAAGGAAUUUAUAACUGACUUUUUCCAACAUAACAUAGGUACAGCUAAUCCCCUUAUUGUAUGGGACACCUUUAAAUGUGCCUUUAGAGGCCAUGCAUUUCAGUACUCAUCUCGAAAACAAAAGCAAUAUAGGUCAAAAGAGUUUAUACUAAGAAAGGAAAUAGAAAGUCUAACAGAACAGAUAGAUGGCAAUAAAAACUGUAACAUAGAGGCUCAGAAUAAAUUAGAGGAAAAACAAAAAGAAAUGGAGAAACUUAUUCAAGAAAGAUCAAGUGUAAUAUAUUAUAAAAAUAAAGCAAACUGGAUGGAAUAUGGGGAAAAAUGCACAAAAUUCUUUUUUAAUCUUCAACAUAGGAAUGCUACCAAAAAGAACUUAAUGAAACUGGUUACAAUUGACGGAGUCACCCAUAAUUCACCAAAUGAUAUUUUGAAGGAAGAAAUAAAGCACUUUAAGCAUAUGUUUUCUUUUCAGUCGCCUCCAUCUCCUCUAACUGAAGCUAAUUGUAGAGAUAUUUUUUUUAUUGAUAAUGUCAAAUUAACAGCCACACAGAAAGACUCAUGUGAAGGUGAAAUUACAGAGGAGGAACUUCUGGAUGCAAUUAAAGACUUUAAGUCUGGGAAAACUCCAGGGUUGGAUGGCAUACCAGUCGAGGUAUACCAAACCUUUUUUGAUAUACUGAGAGGACCGUUAUUAGCAUGUUUUAACCACUACUAUGUAAAUGGUAGAUUAUCUGACACUCAAGAAGAAGGUCUGAUCUCAUUAUUACUGAAACAGGAUACAAGUGGAAAAUAUAAAGAUCCAGUCCAUUUACAAAAUUGGAGGCCCCUUACACUUCAGUGUUGUGAUGCAAAAAUUCUAGCAAAAUGUAUAGCGCAUAGAAUUAAAAAGGUAUUGUUGGAUAUUAUUCAUUCUAAUCAGACAGGUUUUUUACAUGGAAGAUACAUUGGAGAUAAUAUAAGGCAAGUAUUGGAAACAAUAGAACACUAUGGAAAAUAUGGGAAACCAGGCCUGCUAUUCAUAGCAGACUUCGAAAAGGCAUUUGAUAAAGUUCGACUGGGGUUUAUAUAUAAAUGCCUGGAGCAUUUCAAUUUUGGAGAAUCUCUUAUAAAAUGGGUCAAAAUCAUGUAUAGUAACCCUAGGUGUAAAAUAGUAAAUAAUGGCUAUUUCUCAGAAAGUUUUAAACUGUCAAGAGGAGUGAAACAAGGUUGUCCACUAUCGGCAUAUCUAUUUAUUGUGGCCAACGAGAUGUUAGCUAUUAAAAUCAGAUCCAAUAAUAAUAUCAGAGGAUUAGAAAUCCAGGGCUUAAAAACAAAGGUGUCAUUGUACGGUGAUGAUUCAUGUUUUCUUUUAAAUCCACAACUAGAAUCCCUCCACAGCCUCAUAGAGGAUCUAGAUACAUUUUCUAACCUCUCUGGAUUACAACCAAAGUAUGACAAAUGUACUAUAUUACGUAUUGGAUCACAAAAAAAUACAAUCUUUACAUUACCAUGUAGUUUACCAAUAAAAUGGUCUGAUGGUGAUGUGGAUAUGCUCGGAAUACAUAUCCCAAAGGAAAUAAAAGAUCUCACUUCAAUACAUUUUAAUAGAAAGUUAGCAAAAAUAGAUAAGAUCUUACUACCAUGGAAAGGAAAAUACCUGUCAAUUUGUGGCAAAAUCACCCUGAUUAACUCUUUAGUAUUAUCCCAGUUUACCUAUUUGCUUAUGGUCUUGCCUACGCCUAGCGAACAGUUUUUUAAAUUAUAUGAGAAAAAAAAAUUCAAUUUUAUUUGGAACGGCAAGCCAGACAAAAUUAAAAGGGCAUAUUUAUAUAAUGAAUAUGAAUUCAGAGGACAGAAAUUAUUAAAUAUUAAAGCAUUAGACCUAUCACUAAAAGCUUCAGUCAUACAAAAGUUAUACUUAAAUCCGAACUGGUUCUCAAGCAAAUUAGUAAGAUUGUCUCACCCAAUGUUCAAGAAAGGCCUUUUUCCCUUUAUUCAGAUUACAACAACUCAUUUGCAGUUAUUUGAAAAGGAAAUCAUCUCCCAAUAUCACUAUUUCUAAAACAAGCCAUAGAAAGUUGUUGCAAUUUCAAUUUAAUCCUCCAGAAACGACAGAACAAAUAAUGCAACAAAUAUUGUGGUUAAAUUCAAAUAUACUAAUUGACAAAAAACCUGUAUUUUUUGACAGAAUGUUUAAAAAAGGUAUAAUCUUCGUAAAUGAUAUUAUCGGUAGGACUGGUGGAGUUAUGUUGCACAUGCAGCUAACAAAAACAUAUGGAAAUGUCUGCUCUACCCAAAAUUACAACCAAAUAAUUGCAGCCUUACCGCAAAAGUGGAAGAGGAAAGUGGAAGGGGAGAAAGUAAGGAACUUGUCUGUCGGCCUUGCAUUAAAGAACAUAAUUGGUUAAGGAAAACUGUGAUAAAUAAAAAAGUAUAUCAGUUUCACUUAAGGACCAAAGGAUUGACAGCCGUCCCAUAUAGAUUGCAAAAUAGAUGGCAUAGUGUUUAUGAACUGACACGCAAAACGACACCGUUUUGGUUCUGUCCAUUUGUAGCUUGUUUUUGGACACAGGUCCAGGAAUGGCUAAAGAAUUGCAAUAUUUACCUGGAGCUAACCUUGCAGAUAAUAUUACUGGAUGAUCUGAAAAGUCAUAGUCAACCGAUCAAUAAUAUAAUAAUACUUUUAGCAAAAAUGUUUAUUUUUAAUUCACAAUCUGUAGAAGCAAUGAGAAUAGAAAGGUUCAGAACUUUUGUAAAACAUCACAGUACGGUUGAAAUAUAUAUGGCAAAUAGAAAUCCUAUAUGGAUGGUGUUAAGAGAUAGAUGGGAGGUAUUGAAUAGAGUUGAAGGAUGGGACUAAUAACAAAUAACAACAAAUAAUAACAAAGAUAGCUAAUAAUGUAAGCAUACUGUGUCCAUAAUAAGUAUAUAGGUUGUAUGUUGGGAGCUUUUGGGAAAGAGCACAGUUAGAAAGAUAUGGCAUAUAGAAGCAAACCGGAUGGACAUCAUGAAAAUGAUCGGAGAGGUUGAGAGUAAAAGAAGUUUAGGAGCAAAAAAAAUUAUAUAUAUAUAUAUAUAUAUAUAUAUAUAUAUAUAUAUAUAUAUAUAUAUAUAUAUAAUAUAAUUAUUGUAAAAUUAACUGUGUCCAUAAGGUGUAGAUAGUAAGUAUAGACCGGAAGUAGAGGCCUGGGCAUUGUUGUUCACUAAUUUACUCCAAGUAGGGAAAGGAUGGCGGGGUUGAAAAGUAAUAAAGGGGAGUAUAUAUAUAAAAAACAUGGGGGAUUGGAAGUGAUGCAGACAAUUACAUUGAUGGACUGGAUCUUUGUCUUUUCCACUUGUAUCCUGUUUCAGUAAUAAUGAAAUCAGACCUUCUUGUUGAGUAUCUGAUAAUCUACCAUUUUGAUAGGAGUGGUUAAAACAUGCUAAUAACGGUCCUCUGAGUAUAUCAAAAAAGGUUUGGUAUACCUCCACUGGUAUGUCAUCUAGCCCUGGAGUUUACCCGGACUUAAAGGCUUUAAUUGCAUCAAGAAGUUCCUCCUCUGUAAUUUGGCCUUCACAUUAGUCUUUCUGUACAGAUGUUAAUUUUUGUUAUUAAUUAGGAAACUACAUGUGGGCAUAAUCUGCGACCCUCUAGCAAUCCAAAGGUUGCGUGUUCAAUUCGCAUCGGGGACAAUUGUAGCAUUUCAGCUAACCCGUCCCCUAACCCAUAUUCUACAUUUAACCCAAUUCACCUAACCUGCUAUGUAAAUUCACCUAACCUUUGUAAUUUUAGUUCUCCUUUUACGUAAAUUAUCCUAACCUUUUUCGUUAGUUCCCCUAAGCGCCAACAUAAAUUCUUCCCGUAAUUCUCCUUUGUUGUUACAGUGCAACAAGCAACCUGGUCUCAGAGAAAGAUGUAUAAUAUCAUACAUCCUCCAAGAUGUAUGAUAAGGUAUGUCAUCCAAUUCAUAUGCUAUUGUAUUGUAUGACCGGGUAAGAUGUAUGAUAAUAUGCGUCCUAUAAUAUGAUAUUGUACAUCCAAUAUUCCAUUCAUAAUGUAACCUAACGUAACAUAGUAUAUCAUACUAAAUGGAGUGUCACAGAUUUAAAUACAGAAUAAUCCGAAUUGCCCUGAGACCACAUUGCAAAUUGAUUGUGAUAAAUUGUAUUAUAAGUAAAUUAAGCUGAUGUUUGUCUUCUAAAGUGGUCUAUAACCAUCCACUUACAUGUUUUCUGAAAUGACUUGAGGUAUGCCUCUUGAAUUAGCCCUGACAUGUCAGACAUGGAGGAAAGUUUUCAUUUUAAACAGCGGAGGGAGGCCAUAGAUAGUAAAGGUGCCCAUUCGAUCCAUGUUCAAACAUUUGUUAGCAAUUAGCCCGAGCCGCAGACCGGACAUUCUACAACAUAUGCACCCUCCAUCCCUCCCUCUUCUAGCGGGCAGGAAAUACGAACCAGAACAGAUCGAGGCAGCUACCCAUCAGUCUAUCUCACUCUCAUCUAUAUCCUCUCUCUCUCAUCUCUCUCUCUCUCUCUCUCUCUUCUCUCUCUCUCUCUCUCUCUCUCUCUCUCUCUCUCUCUCUCUCUCUCUCUCGCCCAGUCAUGUUUCCCCAAGCUGCACAUGGUUACUGUCCAGUGUAUUAGUUUCUUCUGGCUCUGAGGGAGAGAGGAGCAGCAGCCUUUUGCAGACUAACUGUAGCAUGUAGCUGGGAAUUUGUUCUUCACACACUAAUAGACCUAGACUGUUUUGUGUAUUUGAGCUGCAGUUCAAGAGAGAGAGCCCAUGGGCUGCCUGAAGAAUUCCUACUGUAGUUGUUUAGAGAAAGUCUGGCUGGAUAUAAAGCAGUCGUAAAUUAACAAGUAAGUCCUGUCUCCUGCUCAGUGCUCUGGACACCCUGAACCAUUUACAAGAGGGACCUGUUGCCUAUGGAUGAGUGUAUACAUUGUAAAUUAGACACUGUUUUUCUGUUACUUCUGCUGUAGGAGAUUGUACUGCAGAGAAGAGGACUGGGACAGUCAGAGGCUUUUGUCCGGACAACAAGUUCUUCACAUCGUCACCAGAGCUGCCUUGUAAAAUCACCAUGAAAGGUUAGAUGACUGUUGAUGAAUCUCUGUUGAUACUGUAUUCAACUUCAGACUACUGCUUACUGUGGAGGAAUAUAAUAUAUUCUGUAGGAGACGUGAAAGUGCACCGGUGGCACACAAAUGUGCAGACAGCUUGCUUUUAAGACCAGUACCUCACAGGAUCCAGAGAAAACGUUGGUUUGUUGAUCUUGGAUGUGGGACAUCCACUCCUUUGCUUUGAAAGCUCCAUAUUUCAAAAGCUUGCUGUUUUCAGAAGCCACACAUUUGCUUUUGGGUUUCCUUUAAGGAUCUUAUAUGAGCCCUAUUGAAAGGAUAACAUUUGAAGACUAACUUUUGUCAACGCUGCAUGAUAUAAGACUCUUCAGAGACUCUGAAGAGGCUGAGAAAUCUGAGGAGUCCUCUUGGAGGAGGAAUUAAGCAGUGACAUGUGGCUUUAGCUUUGGAAGGUGUUAUAAAGUGUUGAGGUAUUUACAGGGAAACACACAGGUAGGAGGUCUCCUCAUCUCUUGUUUGGAGCGUGCUCCAUUGAAGCCGAGCUACUAAACAUGCAGUCUAACACAUUCCUAAUGUGAAACAGGAAAGAGGCACCUCGGUAUGGGAAGCAGCAGGUGUGUGGUUGGUACAUAGAGUACAGUACAGUAGAGAUACCUCUGACUGGAGACACAGACUGCCUUACAAGAACUUGAAUAACACUGUUCAACACAGCUCUCUUCUUUGGAAAGACAAAUGCAUUCCUUAGACAUACAUUCAAUCAUAAAUCUUUGGCACAUGACAGUUAUCAGAUGGUGAUUUAAAAAUGAAAGGUUCUGAUUAUACAAAACUACUGAGAUUGCAAGAGAGAAGAUUGUGAGAUUACAGAACAAGACCCUUGCUAGUAUUACCAGACAUGCCUGGCUAUUUCUAUCACGAGAUGUCCAAAGCGUUUUCCUGGAGAAAACGAGGGCAUGUUCAGGGUAUCAUUUGAUUUAAAGUCUGAACCCUCUCACUCCACCACAGAGGAACCACAAUAAAGGGCUGCUUGAGAUCAUUUGGAGCAAGACCAUUUGGAUCAACACAUUCCAGGCAUUUCAUUGCUUUGAAAGCAAACACACGUUCCCUUUUAAGUGCAUCUAAAACAGUUGGAUGUCAACAGGGGCUUGGGGAGACACUUGUCUAUAUCGGUUGCGGUUGGGGCCCUUUGGUUUUGGAGAAAUCUUGUGUCUCUGUUUUCAAAUUGGGGAUUUAGGUAUCCAUGUUAAAAGCUUUAAGUCACCACCAAUCAGGCAGGCAUUUCAACCAGUACAGUAUAGUUGGUUGUCAGUCUUAGUAUUUGUUUGUUUGGAGAAUGGAUUGCCAGUUGCUUCUGUUAAAAGACAAGAAAACAUAACCUUUUGACCCAAAGCUUAUACUAUAGUUCAAUAGUCAAACAAAACUGGAUUUUCUCUGCUCCACAUUUGAAUGUGUGUGAAAUCCAAGCAGUGGUUUACAUAUUCAGCAGCUUUUCUAGGUUGAUAGGAGAGAUUAAGUGUAGCAUUUGAACAUCCACUGCCAAAUCAAGAAGGAACACAGUAGGGUAACCACAAGCAUUGACAAAUCAUGAGGUUUGUGGACUUGCAGGGAGUUGACUGGUGUCAUGUUCUUGCUCUGUGUGGCCCAAAGUUCACAAUAACAUUGAGGGUGGGAGGACUUGCCAUGUGAGACCACUAACAUUCUCUUUGUUCACUGUGUGUUGUACAUGCAUAUUGGCAAUUAUUUGAUACGUGAAACAAAUGCAAUGGGAAUAGAAACACUGGGUUGUUGAUGGAGGUGUUAGAUGAGAGUAGUCUCCUACAGUAGUCUCCUAAGGGAAGGCUUCAUGUCCAUGGCAUUACACAGCAAUACCAUCAUUAGAAAUGGGUCAGCUUACUAGGUGGCUGUCCUAUUGUGGAAACAGAACAGAACCUUUUUUACUGAAUUCAGUUCCUCUCCCUAGGGUGUCAUCAUUUGGCCAUCAUUGGCAGUCAACAUUGUCCUUGCCCUAUCAGCAGUUCUGUAUGGACCUCUCUUCCAGCCCCAUGAGGGCCCUUUCUUAUGUAAUAGGUUACAGAGUUAAAUAAUUAGACUAUUUAGCCUAAUGUGUGACAGCUAGAUUAUUAGCCAGCUUGUCAAACUUACCCUCAUACCUAAGUAGGUAUUCAUAUGGAUGUGGUUACAAAUAAUCAACUAUGUUUAGAGUAGCAUCAAAGAGUACUAUGUAACGCAAUCGCUACCUCUAAUGUUCUUGCUGAGAUGUUUUAAUUGAGCUCAAGGUGUGUUUUCAUAUGUGGCUGCGUUCUGUAAGACAUCUGGCCAAGAAACAAAUUAACUGUAUUGCUUUCGGAGAGUCAAAGCUCUUCUUUCUUGCCCUAGAACUGAGACAUUAUCAAUGUUUUCCAUCUUUAAUCCUCUCCAUACAGUACCAUCACUGUAUCAAUCUUUUCUCACCACUUACACUUUUGUCAACUGUUGAAAUGCAAUCGUCUCCAUAGCUUUAGCUGAGGCAUGACUGAAGUAUUUGGAUGAAUAUCCCUAACAAAGAUUAUUUUCAUUACUUUCAGGUAAUGAAAGGUUUUAACACAUUAUGACAGUUCAAGGACUAUAGCAUUGGACCUGAGAGGUAUUUUUGGCAACUACUAUAGUGGACAGAGGGCUACAUAGUCGCUGCUUUAUACACUGUUAAAACAGAGAACAUAUAAUCAAAUUCACAUUCCAAAUGAUCUAUUAUAAAAACUAAUGAUAGGUAGGGGUGAUUCUAUUUUCAGUGGCGUAACCUUGAUGUUUUUACCAGGCACAUUCACGUUCAUGUUUUUACCAGUCACAUUAGGCUCGAAGCUUAGCAAUGCAAGAAUUACACACCCUCUAAUUAAGGAAAUCUGCUGGCCAUACAGUACCUACUGGACAUAUAGAAAUGUCCCUCCCCUGCUGGCAUAUACAUUAUUGGAUUACAAAGUUAUCUAAAUAGUUAUAGAUUUUUGGAGUGGACAUUCCAUUCAUGAAGCGUUUGAUGAAUUAGAAAUGUUAGUUUUGUCCAUUAGAAUUUGCAGAAGAUUUUUUUCUGCCAUUUCCUUCAAAUGCACCUGUGUGUAAGGGUUGGUGUGAGGUGUGACCCAGGUGCGGUGCAGGAUAUACAGUAGGCAGUAGGCAGAGAUGGUGAAACAAGGAUCUUUACUGGGGGUCCCGAAUCCAGAAUACAAAAUAACGGACUUAUCACAAUAAAAGAAAGGCGGAGCAAAUAAGUCUCCAAAAACCAGCUGACAGACAAAAUACGAAAUACUACCUACGACUGAAACAAACAACGAAACAGGGAGAACACUUCUCAAGUACCUGUACAUAGGUCUUUGAUCAGACACUGAGUAGUACUGCUGGACAUAGAGAAACUAGCAGAGAAAACUGAGCAAGGGAACACAGGGAAGUGAGGGCAUAAAUACACAGGUGAACAGGUAGACACAGGUGACACCAAUAGGAUACUGAUUAGUCCAGACUGUGAGUGAGGAGGUGCCUAAGGUUGUCGGAGGAUGACACCUAGUAACUCCCUCCUGUAACACCUGUGCUCAUAUUUGCAAUGGAACACUGGUUCUACUACAAACACCCACUACAUUUAAAUCUCUUCCAUUCUAAAGACCACUGACCAAUAGAGCCCUCGCCGGGAGAGCAGUGGAGGGCAAGUCCGGGUUUAGCUUACAGCCACCGGUAUGGCUGACUGGAUAAUGUAAAGUCUAAGAGCUGCAGCAGGCAGCUGGGCCCAUUCCAGACCCCUUCCUCUCUCUCUUUCUCUCUCGCUCUCUCUCUCUCUCUUCCACUGGUCCGCACAUCUCAGCAUUUCAGUCAGAGCCUUGGCCUUCAACAGGCUGACUUCAGCUGCUCCAGCAGCCAGCAGCCAGCACACAUAAACACCCUCACCUUAGAGUUCACUGUAUUCCUCUCCCUGUGCACACAAAGCACUGCACAUCCCAGCAGAGGGGAAUACACCAGGGCUGCCUGAAUUUAAGUUAUAUAACUUAAGGGGAAAAGACAGUGAUGGAAAAGACUCAACAGAGACUCAACUGAGUGAUGCUGUACCUUAGUAAGAGAGUUGUUGACAUAACUCAAAUGAGAUUCUGAAGGAUUACCUCACAAGAAAAUACAGAGGUUUGUAGCCUAAAACUGCAUAUGCCAUUAAUCAAUUGAAAGGCCUGUGUACAUAUCUAUUGCAUCAAAGUGGUACAGUAAAGUAAGCAUUUCACGGUAAGGUCUACACCUGUUGUAUUCGGCACGUGACAAAUAAAGUUUGAUUUGAUUUGAUUAAAUCACAUACAUUUUAAGUUAUAGCUCUAUUAGGUAAGCAUUGCUAGUUCAUUUGUGGCCAGCAAUAAGCCAUUUAAACCCAAAUUGAAUCCAAAUUCAGGUUUUGGCUUGAAGCUGCUUCUCUUUAGUAUCAGUGUGCCGUGUCCCCCUGGCCCCUCUACCACACUGAGCUGGAACCAGGGGGGUGACGCCACUGCAACCAGCCCAGCUAGCUUCACACACAAUCAGCCUUACUGUAGUGUUUCAUAUUGUGCUGCAAUGGGGCCCUUUAUCUGACAGCACAUACAUUUUCAUUCUAGCCCACCAUACUUAGAGAAGUGAAUGAUAUAUUGAUGAGAGACACAGAUUAAACACUAGGAAAACGAUCCCGUUUCCAAUUCGCGUAAUUGUGUUUCUAUAAGUUGUCAGCCAAGUAUGACCUCACAUUCAUAUUGAGAGCUCCAAGUUGAAUGUUUUAUGUCUUGGAUGGUAGAAGUGGCUGAGGGGGCUUAUUGCAUUUCACCUCGUAUUUUGUGAUUUAUGACCACUUUAAUAAAAUGUGUGAGUUGUUCCCUUAAGAUACCUUAAAGUUUCAUACUAUUGACCUUCAUCUGUGAACACGCAUUUCAAGUCUCUCCAUCUGUUUUUCAGAAAUCUAUUGCGGAUACGAGAACCAGCUCUUUAAAGGUGAGGACAAACAUGCGUGUUCGUUUUCUAAACUAUCCUCUGGUUCUUGGCCAGAAUGGUGUGACAAAUCUGUUUGUUGCUAUCCUGGCUUUGGCAAAUAUAGUAGGCCUACUAUUGCAUGCUUGCAUGGUGGGAGUAGUCAGAUUAAGGAUAGUGUUAAGGUGCCUAAUGGGAAGCUGAGUUUAAGUAAAAAGUGAAUGAAUGCUGACAUAAGCUGAGCUUGUGUGUGUUAUCAGAUGUUUCCAAAACAGUGAUUCAUUUUUCUUCUUUGCCUUUCAGAGGAGGAUCUUACUGGGGAGGAGGAAGAGAUGCCUUCCUUUAGAGGUGAGAAACAUGGUUCCAAAUCUACAAUCCACAGGCUUUCUUUCUUGCUGUCCACUUUUGUUUAUGUGGCUUGUUAUGUGGAUAGAGAUGCAGGUUCUAUGAAGUGUACUUUGUUUUGAUAUGUCGGUCAUGAAUCUCUCAGACAAAGUCCCCAACAAUACAAUAACACUAUGAACAAUAACGUCAGAAUAUCCAUCAAGGGCGUAUUGUGUACACAUUGGGCUUUGUUUGUACAGUGUUUGUGUGUGUGCGGGCCUGCCUGUGUCUGCAUACAUCUGUGAUCACUGUUUUGUUUGUGUGCGUGCAUUGUACAUCUGUUUCAGAUAUCCCUCCUUAAUCCUUCUCUUUCCCCAGUCUGACCACCUACUCACUCCACACUGACUCUGCUGACCAAAGCCAGCCACUAGUCCAGUAGUUAGUCAUGCACAGUCCACACAGUGUCAGGGUUAAGACAGGUAUUUCCCCUCUUCUCUGCUCUCUAACCACCUGAUGUUAUGGUAGAGAGACUAAAGCCCCAUGCUUCUGAUUGCAGGAAGAACCAGAGGUGGCUGUGUGAAAUGCCAGCAGACACGUUCUCUGCAGCUGGCUGUUAAAGUGCUGUACGGUUUCUUUGCCUUCCUCAUCAUAGCAGUGGCAGUGCUGGCAUCACUAGGUGAGUAACUAUGAUAUUACACCAACUCUGGCAGCAGGCAGCCUAGCGGUUAGAGCGUUGAGCCAGUAACUGAAAGGUCACUAGUUCGAUCCCCGAGCCGACAAGGUAGAAAAUCUGUAGAUGUGCUCUUGAGCAAGGCACUUAACCAUAAUUGCUCCAGGGUUGCCGUUGAUAAUGGCUGACCCUGGCCGUGACCCCACUCUCCGCUGGUGUCUCAGGGGGAGUUUGGAUAUGCAAAAAAACUAAUUUCCAUUUCUCACAUGCAUAUAAUACACACUUGUACAUGAAACAGGACAACUAAAAGCACCCACCAAAUUAUUAUCCAAGUACAGAGUUUAUGCCAUGUACUCUUGCUUAUUCUCCAUGCCACAUCCUUGCCAGGGACGUUUAUAUAAUGUGAACAGUUAUUGUUUUCCAUGUGGUGUUUUUUAUAGGAUUAUGAUUGCAAGGCCACCAGGAUAUGGGAAAAUGUGUAUUCAUGUUUUCAAUCUGUGGAUUAAUAUGACCGUAACAGAAGGAGUUGAAUUGAAUCACACUGAGAGAACUUGGAAAAGCCUUGCUGAUUCCCCUUUGGGCUGUUAGGCCCACUUUUACACCACCACUUUGGUUGGGUUUGAUUAUAUAUAAUAACUAAGCUAAUAAAGCCGUAUUAAAUCCAGAUUGUUGUAUGAGUAGAUUGCAGGCCAGGACAUGGUGUUUCUGCAGGUAUCAUGUGUGCACAGACUUCAAGCUUCACAUCAUCUUGCAUUCCUCCCCAAUCAGGACCUGUUCUCUUUUGUCAUGCUUGACUUAACAAUGUGCUCCACAAUGUACAAUAACAGCUGAGAGGGAGAUCUGGUUCAAGCCUACAGGGUUUCUGUUGUAAAAAAUAAGGGCCAUUUAAUUUCCAACAAGGAUUGAGUGAACAUACGACUUCAAACCGAUUUGCUAUGUUUUACCUGACUGACAACUUUUUCAGUGCUUACAGAUGUUACUUGCAUUUAGGCAAAAAUAUUAUUGUGAUUCAAAAAGAUCAAUCUCUUUUUCACAGCAGCCCAGAGUUCCCUGAGGGCCAUUGUAUAAUUCCAAGAGCACUGAUACAGAGGGUUGGGAUUCCAACACUGCAGUGGCACUGCAUUUUAUUGGCUGGAGCGGGGUAUGCUUGAGUUUAUGUCAACGCAGAGCACAGCAAUACUGAGGCAAAACAAGAACAAAGCACUGUAAACGUUAUAUCGUGAAAUGUCUGAAAUGUUGUUUGGCUAAAACUAACCAAACAUCGAGUGAGAACUAAAACAUGAACCCAUACUGUAAAUGUAGAAAUUUCAAUAUCACGCAGCACAUCUGUUUUACAUUGUUCAGAGUCCCCAAGAAUUGGUGUUAUUUAACGAGCAUUCAGAGAACCAACCUCUGUCUAACUAGCGGACAUGAUUAUAACAAUAUCAGAAGUUAAAGUCCACCAGUACACCAUGAUAAUGUAAAUUAAUGUUGAGAGGCUGUGUAGAAUCAACAUCCAUGAGGCCAAAUGCAGCAUAACUGGUGGUAUGUGGAGGACAUUGUUAGUGAGUGCAAACAUACCAUGGUGAACCUGUUAUUAAUUCCCAGAGUCAAGGAUUAGGAAAUGAUAUGCAACAAGGAGUCCUUAAAAUAGGAAAUUAUAUGCAACAAGGAGUCCUUAAAAGUGUGCUUUUAUUAUUCUGGGAAACAUAUAAUCAACUGGGAAGUAACCAGCUGUACAAACCAUUACUAUUAUUUGUGCAGUACUUUGUAAUGGAAAUAAACUGUAUUGUUGUUAUCGUACAAGACGGUUCAUGGCGGCAUCUUAAUUCCAUUCACUGAUGUGUUGUUGUCACUCUAUAACUUCAUUUGUGUCCUAGUUUCUCAACACAUGUAUUAUGUCUGUUUCAAUGCCUAUAGAGGAACCUCCAUUCUCGUUAUUCUGAAAGUCUAAUAUACAUCAUUAUCUUUGUCUCAUCAGUAUUUAGGAAGGUCGACAACUUAUCAGAAAAUGAAUCAUUUUAUCAUAAGAAGAUUACCAAGGUCCGGGAAAGUAUACAAGGUGAGAGAGUAUGAUUAAUCACAUGUCAAAAUGUGCUGUGCAAGCAGAGCCUCCCAAUGUGGCUGCUGACAGAGAAGUCAAGGAGUAAACAAUUACUAGUAGAGCAUACUGGACAUUUCUGCAGAUUUCCAAAAUGUAUUUUGUCGAAAGAGUUGCCUCUGUUUAAAAUAGGUCACCCAUUGAGUGUAAAUUUAUGGGUGAUUGAGUAUGAAGUCUGGGCCUGUGAGGAUCCGCUCUUCAAGCUUCAUGGCCUGCCUCCUGUGGGGUGUCAACUCCCUGAAGAGGCAUAAUUUGCAGUCUACGACAACUGCCUCCAUUGGCCCAUUUAUGGAAGCACUGCAGCUGUCAGUCGACUAGAAUAUACAAAUAGGGAACUCUGAUCUUGGUUAAAUAAUACAUAAACAGAUCAUCAUACUGUUGUUGUCUUUUCUUUCCCAGAUCUGAGCACUGCCAGCAACUGCUCGGACUGCUUCAACGUGGCCCACGUCAGCGAGGAGAUCAGUAGGCUGAAGGGGGAGUUUGAGGACCUCCAGAAGAUGAUCCUGGGUCAGGAGCAGGUCCUGGACCAGGCCUCCCAGACCCAGCAGACCCUGAAGGCAGCCAGCAGCAGGAUGACCCGAGACAUGCAGAACUACUCCCUGUCCAUCAGGCUCAUCAACCAAUCACUGGUGCGUUACGUAGACCAGGUGGAUGGAUGGAAGGCGGUCAUCACCGAGACGGACGAGAGCAUGAAGACUCUAUCUCAGGAUCAGUAUGACCUCAAGGCCACGGUGAAUCAGGUCAACAACACGGUGGCCCUCAGCUCCUUGUGGAUGGACGCCCUGCAGAGGAAGACCGACGAGGAGACGCUGGUCCUGCAGAAGAUGACCGCUGACUGGCAGAACUACAGCCGGGUAUUGAGCGGUCUGAAGUCUAACUCCAGCACCACUACUCAGACGGUGAGGAGCAUCCAGAGCGGCAUCUCGGCCACGCACCAGAGGAUCAGCAUGAGCUCGGAGAUGGUGCACGACCUCACCCUGCAGGUGAUGAACCUGCAGAUGCAGCUGGACAACGUCACCUCCUUCAUGGACGAGCACGAGGAGAACAUGCACGACCUCCACUACCACUCCAAGUACUACGAGAACCGGACGGGCGAGAGGUUCAUCACCAUGGACGCCCGCAUGAACUCCAUCGAGAUGGAGAUUGACACCAUCUCAUCCAGCAUCAAUGCCACAGUGAGCCACGUGCAGAGCAUGUACAAGUACAUCAACAUCGAGAGCACGUCGUGCCAGACGCGGCUUGGUAGCCACACGGAGGACCUGCAGAACCUGAACACAACGGUGCUACUGCUGAUGCACCUGGCUGACACCCUGAGGCAGCAGUACAUGUUGCAGAGCGUCCGUCUAGAUGUGGAUGUCAGGAACCUGUCCAUGGUCAUGGAGGAGAUGAAGCUAGUGGACACUCACCACACCCAAGUCAUCCAGAACUUCACCAUUCUGAAAGGUACAGCAGAGAUGUUCUUGAUGUUUUCGCCAAAGGCACUUUUGUUACGAGAUCUUCAUUUAGCUGUGUUGGUAUUGGCUGGUUUCAGUAGUGCUCACUUGACUCUUCUCUUUCCCAAAUGGACUUCUAUUAUUGUUUAUACUUGCUAAUAUUGCUGCUAUCCCCUGUGCUCACUCACACUACUCUUCUCCUCACAGGUGCACCUGGCCAACCAGGUCCAAAGGGCAACAGAGGGGAAGGAGGGGCCAAAGGUCCAGUUGGCCUGACAGGAAACAAAGGAGACAAAGGCCCAGCAGGGACCCGUGGCCCUCUGGGAGAGAAGGGCUUCGUCGGGCCAAAGGGAGCUCAGGGGGAGCCAGGACCAAUAGGAGCCAAAGGCGGAGUGGGUGUCAAAGGGGUGAAUGGUUCUGUGGGCCAGCCUGGCCCCCGUGGAGAAAGAGGAGAGAAGGGAGAUAUAGGUACUAUUGGUAAGGAUGGACUGCCAGGCCCCAAAGGGCCAAUGGGAAUACAGGGCCAAGCAGGGCUCCCAGGGGUACACGGGCUACCUGGUCCCAGAGGAAAGCCUGGGCCUGUUGGUCCACACGGGCCUCCCGGAACCCCUGGCCCACCAGGCCUACCAGCUUACCCAGCCACAGUGUCUUGAGGGGCCCAUAGGGUCUGAUUACAACAAGGACAGGAUUAGAUGAGGUGAUGUACUGGCAGCCUGACAAAGGGGUGGAGUGUAAUUGAAGAGGAUGGAAUUGAUGGAUGGGGCAUGGAAAAUAUCAUUCUCAAUCUUUCCCCUGUUUUCAUUGGACACUCAAUGGACAACCCAUGCUUUUUGAGCAUAUACUGUACAGUACACAUAGCCCUAAAUGCAUGUUCAGGUAUGAAGGGGUGUAGAGGAGACUGCAAAAUUGAAGAUAACAUAAAGACUGCAAAAGUAUGAGUUAAAAAAUAUGCAUUGUAAGUUUUCAGUAUCAUAUACAGCUGAAUGUAUGUUUGAAGGAACCACAAAACCCUCAUGGGGGCUUCAUAAAGAUAUAGGUUUACAUUGCCAUGCAGUUUCAUGAGGGUACACAUAAAUAACAAUUAUUUUGUAUACACAUUUGUGAAACAUUGACACGUGAAAUACUGUUUGAUGGCACUUUACUGGUUUUAUAAAGUGUAGAAACUACAGUCUGUUCUUAUGUGUUUUCUUUUGCAUCUUUUAUGUUUCAGAGCAGGUUCUCUGAAUACUGACUGAAGUUGAGAUGAUUAAACAGGUCAUAGAGUGUAAUGGUAAGGGAGUAAUGAAAUUGCUGAAGAACCAAAGGUAUCUGCUUGGGUAUGCAACUAUGGAUGUAUUGUGUUUUAGUCAGCAAUUGAACAUUUCCUGAAUUACUUAAAAUGUAUGGUUUUGAAAUGAAUAUCUUUUUACAAGACGUAUUUGGGGUUCUAUGCCAAUAUUUUGCUAUGUUACAUUCAGAAUGUUUUCAGAUUUUAAAGUGUAGAUAAUAUACAUCAUGUUUGUUGUGUGUUCUUUUUUUCCAUUGUGACUAUUCAUAUUAAUCUCUGCACAUAAUCAGAGUUGUGUGAUGAUAUGUGUAUUUUAACAGCAAAUUAACAUGUUAAAAAAAGGUGAAAUGAUAAGAGACAGAUGCUACCCACUGGGCACACACUGGUUGAAUCGAUGUUGUUUCCACGUCAUUUCAGUGAAAUUACGUUGAACCUACGUGGAAUAGACAUUGAAUU